UUUAUUUUAUUUCGUAAUUCAGUAAAAGCAUUAAAGCAGUAAUUAUGACUAAUAAAUUUAAUUUAAUUAGUAAUAGUUUACUACUAUUACAACUUAUUAAGUUGUCCAUUUUGUUUAUAAUAUUAUUAUUACUAAUUAAUCCCGGUCGUUAUUGUAAUGAAGAUUAUAAUCGAUAUGAAGCUGAAAAAGUUCAUACAGAUGAGGAAUUUAAACAAAUGGAUGAUGCUUAUAACAAACUGAAUAUUGAAAAAUAUGGAAAAGGAGAUUGUCCAGGUAGUCGACAUAAAUGUCCACUGGGUCCAUGGUGUUGCGAUGAUUAUGGAUAUGCUAGAAAUUGUCCGCAACAAGCGUGUCGUGGUAUUUGUUGCCAAGAAAAUGAUAAAUGUCUACGAAAAGCUCUUAAUGCUUAUUGGUCAGAAAUUGAUAAACAAAAUGAUGGCUAUUAUUGUAAAAAUGAUGGUCAAAAUGAUGGCAAUGCUGAUAAUUUUCAAUGGGAUUUCAAACCAAAUGGUGGCCAAGAAAAUGAAGGACUUUUUAAUUUUAAUAUUGGAAAAUAAAUCAGUUU